AUGACAUAUUUCAGAGUUAGGGCUGUUGCGGGGGAGCAAACUCUGCGAAUGAUGAGCACAAUGAAACGAUUUCCUGAAUCUCUCCAGUUGACACAAUCUGUCCCCAUCGUCCUUAAUCUAUUGUUUUGCGAAGAUGCGAAAACUAGGCUCGCUGAAAUGGCGUCCCCAGCAUAUUCCUCAAUGCAGCCUGUGUGGAGAGAUUUUCCUAGGCAAGCAUGGGCGCAAAAAAAAAACGACUCAAUCCACGCAAAUAUUCACAGAAAACGUCGAAUGGAGCAACCGCGCCCAGCAAGAUGGAACUGUCGAGGUGACCGCCGAACGUAUCAUGUGUCUGGCGUGGCCUUGUAUGGGCCCUGGGACCGAUUCCUCAUGGUGCCCCGGCGUCGAGACGAAGUCAUCAUGGGCGACCCGCAUCAGACGCCGGAAAAGUUCGUCGAGGCGUACGUCAGCUCCCUCGAGUAUGAUUGCAUGGAUUUCAAUCCGUGUGGCUAUGCCGUGCAUGAGCGGUGCUGGGUCCUGAUGGCACGCGUAAUUGAUGUGCGCCUGGUCAAAAAGAACCUGGACCUCUUUGUCAAGGCUCUGUGUCAAAGAAAGCAAGAGCGCAUCUAUGAACUCGACAAGAAGAUUUGCGAAGAAGGACAAUGGGACAUCUUGGAGCAUGAAUAUGGCGACAAGUUCGUGAAGAACCCCCGCAAGUACCUGCGUUCCUACGAGAAGAAUAUGGAAUGUUCGGAUACGGUCUUUUCGGAAAGAGAUCCUCUCAAUAUCCCUGAGGUUCGGAAGUUCAUCGACAAGGCUGCUUCAAAGAAAAAGAAAAGAAGGCAGCGGAGGCCAAGGGGAAAAAAAAUCCCUGUACUUAUCCUACAACAUGCUCCAGGUAUUCCCCCAGUGGGAUCUUCUGAUCCCAAAUACGUACUGGCGCGCUCAGUUCCCCAGAGAUAUUAUUUUGAAUAUGAAGAAAUUGCGGACAGGGAUGAUCUGGACUGGCAGCAGCUUUAUUUUGAAGCGCAAGAACUGCUAGAAACAUCCCAUGGUUUACGGAAUAGACGGCGGAUCAUGAAGAUCUUGAAAGGGACUAAUGCUCUCUUUCUGAAAUUCCUAUCUGAUGAUUAA